UUAAAAUCACCGUAUGAUAUGUACGGCUUCAAGAAGAGUUCAAAUCUUAGUAGUAUAUCAAAAGACAAGUACAAUUCCUGGUUUUCCAAUUAUGCACAGUACACCAUUAAUGAAAAACUGAAGUGGACUGCUCUAAUGAGAAGUAAUGGUUUAUCGUCGGUUAGUAACGAUAUCCCUACCAGAUAUCCGCCAAAGUCUGCCAAGGUCAAAAAGUUAAUACGCAAAGGUAUACCGCCAGAAUGGAGAGGAAAUGCAUGGUUCUUUUAUGCCGGUGGUUAUGAUAAACUUAAUAAACAUAGUGGUUUAUAUGAUGAUCUUGCUUCCAAUGGAAUCAAAAACAAGGAUUCCGAUAUCAUCGAACGAGAUCUAGAUCGUACUUUUCCAGACAAUAAAUAUUUCAAGCGUGAAGAUGGAAUAGAGCCUCACAUGAUUAAAAGUUUGAGGAGAGUUCUAACUGCAUUCGCUCAUUAUCGACCUCAGAUUGGAUAUUGUCAAUCAUUAAACUUCAUAGCGGGUCUUUUGUUAUUAUUUAUGAAUGAAGAGCGUAGUUUUUGGAUGUUAGUAAUCCUUACAGAGAGGAUAGUUCCAAAUGUUCAUUCUCAAAAUUUAGAAGGUGUUCAUACUGACCAAGGUGUAUUAAUGCUUUGUGUAAAGGAAUACAUUGAACUGAUGUGGUCAGUUGUUGGUAGGGGUUUCGAUGGGGCACCAAUUGCAGAGGACAAAAUAUUAAGUAAUUUACCUCCUAUUGCAUUGGUAACUUCGCCCUGGUUUAUGUCAGUUUUUGUAGGUGUUCUACCAAUAGAAACUACGUUGAGGGUUUGGGACAUAUUAUGGUAUCAGGGAUCAAAAACUAUAUUUAGGGUAGGUUUAACAAUAUUUCGUAUGUGUUCUGAGACAACUGUAUUUCAAGAUCAGAUACGCUCACACUUGCAAGCUGAAAUUGAUCAAGUUGAAUUAUUUCAGUUUAUGCAAAGCUAUCCCAAGACUUUACUAGAUCCAAACUUAGUACUUGGCAACUGUUUUAAGAAAAUUGGAGGAUAUGGAUUCGGUUCAUUAUCUCAAGCUGAAAUUGAUACCUGUCGGGAAUUUGUCUCCAAACAAAGA